AUGAAAAUUACAGAUCGAAUAAUUGACUAUCAGCUCAAUGUUGGAGAACUACUACAACCAUCAUCAUCAUCAUCAUCAUCAUCAUCAUCAUCAUCAUCAUCAUCAUCAUCAUCAUCAUCAUCAUCAUCAUCAUCAUCAUCAUCAUCAUCAUCAUCAUCAUCAUCAUCAUCAUCAUCAUCAUCAUCAUCAUCAUCAUCAUCAUCAUCAUCAUCAUCAUCAUCAUCAUCAUCAUCAUCAUCAUCAUCAUCAUCAUCAUCAUCAUCAUCAUCAUCAUCAUCAUCAUCAUCAUCAUCAUCAUCAUCAUCAUCAUCAUCAUCAUCAUCAUCAUCAUCAUCAUCAUCAUCAUCAUCAUCAUCAUCAUCAUCAUCAUCAUCAUCAUCAUCAUCAUCAUCAUCAUCAUCAUCAUCAUCAUCAUCAUCAUCAUCAUCAUCAUCAUCAUCAUCAUCAUCAUCAUCAUCAUCAUCAUCAUCAUCAUCAUCAUCAUCAUCAUCAUCAUCAUCAUCAUCAUCAUCAUCAUCAUCAUCAUCAUCAUCAUCAUCAUCAUCAUCAUCAUCAUCAUCAUCAUCAUCAUCAUCAUCAUCAUCAUCAUCAUCAUCAUCAUCAUCAUCAUCAUCAUCAUCAUCAUCAUCAUCAUCAUCAUCAUCAUCAUCAUCAUCAUCAUCAUCAUCAUCAUCAUCAUCAUCAUCAUCAUCAUCAUCAUCAUCAUCAUCAUCAUCAUCAUCAUCAUCAUCAUCAUCAUCAUCAUCAUCAUCAUCAUCAUCAUCAUCAUCAUCAUCAUCAUCAUCAUCAUCAUCAUCAUCAUCAUCAUCAUCAUCAUCAUCAUCAUCAUCAUCAUCAUCAUCAUCAUCAUCAUCAUCAUCAUCAUCAUCAUCAUCAUCAUCAUCAUCAUCAUCAUCAUCAUCAUCAUCAUCAUCAUCAUCAUCAUCAUCAUCAUCAUCAUCAUCAUCAUCAUCAUCAUCAUCAUCAUCAUCAUCAUCAUCAUCAUCAUCAUCAUCAUCAUCAUCAUCAUCAUCAUCAUCAUCAUCAUCAUCAUCAUCAUCAUCAUCAUCAUCAUCAUCAUCAUCAUCAUCAUCAUCAUCAUCAUCAUCAUCAUCAUCAUCAUCAUCAUCAUCAUCAUCAUCAUCAUCAUCAUCAUCAUCAUCAUCAUCAUCAUCAUCAUCAUCAUCAUCAUCAUCAUCAUCAUCAUCAUCAUCAUCAUCAUCAUCAUCAUCAUCAUCAUCAUCAUCAUCAUCAUCAUCAUCAUCAUCAUCAUCAUCAUCAUCAUCAUCAUCAUCAUCAUCAUCAUCAUCAUCAUCAUCAUCAUCAUCAUCAUCAUCAUCAUCAUCAUCAUCAUCAUCAUCAUCAUCAUCAUCAUCAUCAUCAUCAUCAUCAUCAUCAUCAUCAUCAUCAUCAUCAUCAUCAUCAUCAUCAUCAUCAUCAUCAUCAUCAUCAUCAUCAUCAUCAUCAUCAUCAUCAUCAUCAUCAUCAUCAUCAUCAUCAUCAUCAUCAUCAUCAUCAUCAUCAUCAUCAUCAUCAUCAUCAUCAUCAUCAUCAUCAUCAUCAUCAUCAUCAUCAUCAUCAUCAUCAUCAUCAUCAUCAUCAUCGAAUCAGUACAAAUAUUUAUAA